AUGGAGGUUCCCGAUCUUUCGCAGAUAGACGAUGAGGAGGUGUUGACCCUUGUGCUUCUCGACUCCACACAUCCCCGGAUCGUGGCUACUGCAACUGAGAUUAAAAAUUCUCUCCUGGUUUCAGCGAACCAGAUCCUGAAAACGCUGGAGGGGAAGAAGGACUCGUUUGCUCGCUUCGCCUCGGCGGUUAAGCCUCCAGGAAAUGAGGGCGAGGAAGGGAAGGUCGACAUAAGCCGAGAAACUGUUGAAAGCUUGCUGAAGAAGACGAAAAACGUCGUGGAUGUUUCUUUGCAGUUUACCUUUGAACUCCUGUUUUGCCUUCAGGAUGGACUUUCAUUUCAUGCAAUGAACCCUAUUUGGGGAACAGAGAAGAGCGUCCGUCAGUCACGGAAGUUUCUUGUUCAGCUGCUCGAGAAAAUAACGAGCAGGGGAGAGGCGGUCAUUCUCUUUCUUUCUUCAGUCUUGGCGAAACUCCCACCACCUCCUUCUCCUCCGGCGUCACCUGAGCCGGUAAACAAUACUUCAAAGGACGGAAGCGCAAAUUCAAACGAGGGAAAAACUCCAGAGGGCGGCCGAGGUAGAGGGAGAGGACUGCACCCACCAGGUGCCGGCAGGGGCCGCGGGGUGCCUCUGGCGCGCGGUUCUGGCAUCGGCAUUUCUCCUUUGUUUUCAAGUCCUGAAGCUGACAGCGGUUUGUCACCUCCAGGUAAAGACGGGGGUGGCGACGAAGGCAGCAGAAUGCAGCGAAAACAUGAACGCGAUGAGAGCCCCGAUGAAGGCACCCAACGUCGCUGGAAGAAGAAACAGCCUUCAAAUGUUGAUUGGAUGCUCAAAUGCAAGACGAAACUUUUUGAACUGAAGGAGCGUACUGCAAAGAAGGCCGUCUCAGACGUAUUCCUCACUGAAAGGCUGGCUUUUGCGAUUCGCUGCGCAGCCGUCGCGUUUUCAUGCAGAGCAUCGAAUCGUAUAUCGCGGGACUGGAGAGGCGUUCCAUCAUCCGUUCCCCAUUGCAGCUCGUACCGACUGUCUGCGGUGUGGACGCAGGCGCUGAUGCUGCUGGCGAAGGAAACUUUGAACAAGCGCCAAUUAAUGGGACUCUUUGACAGCGCUGUGAAGGUUGAGAGGCUGACGACGCCGUCGGAACUGUUGACAGAAAUGUAA